AUGGACUUGGGAAUGUAUCAACGCGGCAUGAUGGCCAGAAGUGGUCGUCCACGCCGCUUCGAUGAGUACUAUCGCUGUUACCCAGUCGCCAUGAUGCCUGGACCAGAACGUGAUGUGGCCAACCACGGCGGCAAGAUCUUCUUACCAGCAUCGGCGCUCGACAAGCUCACCCAACUACACAUCACCUACCCCAUGCUCUUCGAGCUCACCAAUGGCAACAAGGGCAAGAGCACGCACGCCGGUGUCCUUGAAUUUACUGCAGAAGAGGGAAGAUGUUACUUGCCAUACUGGCUCAUGCAGACCCUUCUCCUCGAACCUGGCGACUUACUACAAACCAAAAGCACGGAUCUCCCACCCGGCCAGUUCAUCAAGCUCCAACCACAAAACACAUACUUCCUCGACAUCUCCGAUCCCAGAGCCGUGCUCGAGACCGCCUUCCGCAACUUCUCCUGCCUGACGCUUGGCGAUACCUUCACCUUCUCCUACAAUGAUACCGUCUACGAGAUCGCUGUGCUGGAAGUGAAGCCUGAUGGUGAGAAGCAUGCGAUCAGUGUACAAGAGACGGAUCUCGAGGUCGACUUUGCGCCACCAGUAGGCUAUCAAGAGCCGCAGAAGACGAGCGGGACGAGUACACCGCGGAGUAUUGGGUCAACGAUGGCGGGUAAAGGUGGGAUGAUGCAUGCGGAAGGCACGAUGGCUCAAGCGAUCAACUACUCUGCAAUUGCUCCUGCCACAACUGCAGCAGGCGCAGACAAGCGCUCAACAGCCUUCUCAGGCUCAGGCAACCGUCUCGUGGCAAAGAAGGGCAAGGCUAGCACAGUCGGAUCAACACCAGCAUCAAGUAUACCAGGCACACCAAAGCCAGAGCAAGGCAUAAGUAUUCCCACAUCAUCACUCCCCAAAACAACGAAAAGACGCGAUGGACCACAGCCGCUUCGCCUGGGACCCGGCAAACUAUUCUUCGGAUACGAGAUCAAGCCGCUGAAGAACAAGGAGGCGCAGGCUGAAGCCGAGGCGGAGCAAAAGGAGAAGCAACAUUUCCAGGGUGAAGGCCAGACCUUGCGGAAGAAGAAGGAUACGAAGUAG